AUGACCGUCAACCCAAUGCCUAGCUUCGAGCCCACCGAACACCCCCACAGGCGAUUCAACCCGCUUAUUGGCAAGCACGUCCUCGUCUCGCCCCACCGCACCAAGCGCCCCUGGAACGGCCAGACCGAAGAGCCUGUGAGGAACACGCUCCCGGCCUACGAUGAGAAGUGCUACCUCUGCCCCCGCAACGCGCGCAUGGGCGGUGCUGUGAACCCCCCGUACAAGGACACCUUUACGUUUGCCAACGACUUCCCCGCGCUCCUCCCCGACCCGACUCCUGCCCUCCCUGCUCUCUCGCCCGAGCCCACCACUGCCCCGGCCUCGAUCGACAGCCUCUUCGCGUCCGAGCCCGUCCGUGGCCGCUGCAGUGUCAUCUGCUUCCACCCGCGCCACGACGUGACCCUCGCACGCAUGGCGCAGGACGACAUUGUCGCCGUGGUCCAGAAGUGGCGCGAGACGUACCUCUCCGAGGGCAAGUUCCUCCGCGAGACUGCCGCACCCGGCGCUGAGGAGGAGGGCUACGUGCAGAUCUUUGAGAACCGUGGCGCCAUGAUGGGUGCCUCGGCGCCUCACCCCCACGGACAGGUUUGGACGCUGUCGUACACCCCCGACGAGCCUGCCACCGAGCUCGCCAACCUCGAGGCCUACGCCCAGCGUACCGCCAAGCCCAAGGCCAACGGCCACGCUCACACCAACGGCUGCUGCCCCGACGAUGCUGCGGCCCCCGCCGCGCUCGCCAACGGUACCGGCGAGCACUAUGACGCCAGCGCUCCUUGCCGUGGCGACGGCGCGCCCUGCCUGCUGUGUGGCUACGCCGCGUCCGAGGUCAAGCGCGGCGAGCGCGUCGUCGCGCUUGACGGCGGAUGGGUCGCCGUCGUUCCCUUCUGGGCUGUGUGGCCGUACGAGAUCAUGGUCCUUCCUUACAACCGCCACAUCCCGUCCAUCGCCGAGAUGACCCCCGAGGAGGACGCUUCGCUUGCGCGCGUCCUCAAGGCCGUCCUCGUCCGCUACGACAACCUCUUCAACUGCCCCUUCCCCUACUCGAUGGGUCUGCACCAGGCGCCCCUGCCUCCUCUCGACCCGGCCACAAACGCCGCCCACACCCACUUCCACUUCUACCCGCCUCUCCUGCGCUCCGCCUCGGUGCGCAAGUUCCUCGUCGGCUUCGAGAUGCUCGGCGAGGCACAGCGCGACCUUACCGCCGAGCAGGCCGCCGCGCGCCUGCGGAGCACCGAGGACGUGCACUACCUCGAGAAGGACUCGGAGUAG